UUCUGCAGCCUAGCCGGGAUGCACGUGCAAAGCUCCUCGCCCCGGUUGGCCUCAAGCGGCGCUAGCUCUCUGGCUGGCACUUGAGUGAGCGGCCCCUGGCAGCCCGAGGCUGCAGCAGCGAGCCUGGGAGAGCAGCCCUCGGAGGCUCGGGCAGCAGGAGGAGCGUGUGAGCUGUGGGCGUCCCUUUAAGAGCGGCUGGCCGGGCAGAGCCUCCGCCUCUCAGUCCGCGGAUUGCCGAGGGUCACCUGGGGCUCGCGGGGCAGCCGGAUCGCGGCGGGGUCGGAGCGUUGCCCCGUGCCAAGGAAGGUGGGAGAGGGGAUCCGGACGCGGGGUGCCCCGGAGCCCUCUCAGCGUAGCCGUCCCGCGCCCCUCUGCGGCGGAGGAUGCGGGAGCGCAUCUGGACGCCGCUGUUGCUGCCGCUGCUACUGCCGCCGCCACUGUGGGGCGGCCCCCCAGGCAGCCCGCGCCGGGAGCUGGAGCCCGAACCCGGGCCUCUGCAGCCCUUCAACCUGCUCUACGCGAGCGGCGUGGCCGCUGUCACUAUGUUGGAGCGGGCGCGCUGCUACCGCAGCUGCGAGACUCAGCGCCUCCGGGGACCCGCGUCCCGCCACCGCGUCAGCGAGGAUGUGCGCAGCGACUUCCAGCGCAGAGUGCCCUACAACUACCUGCAGCGGGCCUACAUCAAGCUUAACCAGCUGGAAAAAGCAGUGGAAGCAGCUCACACAUUUUUCAUGGCCAACCCUGAGCACAUGGAAAUGCAGCAGAAUAUCGAGAAUUACAGACUGAUGGCUGGUGUUGAAGCAUUUCAGCUGGUAGAUCGAGAAGCCAAACCACACAUGGAGAGUUACAAUGCAGGAGUUAAACAUUAUGAGGCUGAUGACUUUGAGGUGGCUAUCAAGUACUUUGAACAAGCUUUAAGAGAAUAUUUCAAUGAAGAUAUGGAAUGCCGAACCUUAUGUGAGGGGCCUCAGAGAUUUGAAGAGUAUGAGUAUCUAGGGAAUAAAGCUGGUCUCUAUGAAGCCAUUGCAGAUCACUACAUGCAGGUGCUGGUUUGUCAGCAUGAAUGUGUGAGGGAACUUGCCACCCGCCCUGGCCGUCUCUCACCAAUUGAGAACUUUCUUCCUCUGCAUUAUGAUUACCUGCAGUUUGCCUACUAUCGAGUUGGUGAAUAUGUGAAAGCCUUGGAGUGUGCCAAAGCCUAUCUUCUGUGCCACCCAGAUGAUGAGGAUGUCCUUGACAAUGUGGAUUACUAUGAGAGCCUGUUGGAUGAUAGUAUUGACCCAGCAUCCAUUGAGGCCAGAGAGGAUUUGACAAUGUUUGUGAAACGUCAUAAACUGGAAUCUGAACUGAUAAAAUCAGCUGCAGAGGGUCUGGGAUUUUCAUACACUGAACCGAAUUAUUGGAUCAGAUACGGGGGACGACAAGAUGAGAAUAGGGUCCCUUCAGGAGUGAAUGUGGAAAGGACAGAAGUUCAUGGAUUGUCAAUGGGAAAAAAGUUAUUACCCAAGAUAGAUCGAGACCUAAGAGAGGGUGGUCCUCUGCUCUACGAGAACAUCACAUUCGUCUACAACUCAGAGCAGCUGAAUGGGACCCAGAGGGUUCUCCUGGAUAACGUCCUGUCAGAAGAGCAGUGCCGGGAGCUCCACAGCGUGGCCAGUGGAAUCAUGCUUGUUGGUGAUGGAUACAGAGGAAAAACUUCACCCCAUACACCCAAUGAAAAGUUUGAAGGUGCAACUGUCCUGAAAGCACUGAAAUUUGGUUAUGAAGGUCGAGUCCCACUGAAGAGUGCCCGCCUGUUUUAUGACAUCAGUGAGAAGGCUCGAAAGAUUGUAGAAUCUUAUUUUAUGCUUAACUCAACCCUGUAUUUUUCCUAUACACACAUGGUCUGCCGAACAGCCCUGUCUGGUCAACAGGAUAGGAGAAAUGACCUUAGCCAUCCCAUUCAUGCUGACAACUGCCUGUUGGAUCCAGAGGCCAAUGAAUGCUGGAAGGAACCUCCCGCUUAUACGUUUCGAGACUACAGUGCUCUCCUAUACAUGAAUGACGACUUUGAAGGGGGAGAAUUCAUAUUCACCGAGAUGGAUGCUAAGACUGUGACAGCCUCUAUAAAGCCAAAGUGUGGGCGUAUGAUCAGCUUCUCAUCUGGGGGAGAGAACCCACAUGGGGUAAAAGCCGUCACCAAGGGCCAGAGGUGUGCAGUGGCUCUGUGGUUCACCUUGGACCCACUUUAUAGAGAAUUGGAGCGAAUACAGGCUGAUGAAGUGAUUGCAAUCCUGGAUCAAGAACAGCAAGGGAAGCAGGAACUGAAUAUCAACCCUAAAGAUGAACUAUAAAAAUGAGAAUGUUCUAUCAGAUAUUUAUUUUAAUUGUUAAUCUUAUGAGAACCUUUUUAUUUUUGUACAGAGCCAUGGUAUAAAUUAACAGGUUAAUAUGUGUCAUCAGAUCUCCCUUCUGUUCCUAAGGAUGCUUACUUUUCUUCACUCUGUCUAUCUUUCUUUUCUUUUCUUUUCUCCCCCGCCCCCCGCCCCUUUUAGAGACCGGGUCUUGCUAUGUUGCCCAGGAUAGAGUGCAGUGGCUAUUCACAGGCACUGUUGUAGCUAAUUGCAGCCUCAAACUCCUGGGCCUGAGCUAUCCUCCCACCCCAGCCUCUCCAGUAGCUGGGACUACAGAUGCACACUCAACUCUCUUAUUUUUUCACCAAUUCAUCUAUCAAAGCCCAGCCAUGCCCUCCCCAAAACACACACACACACACACACACACACACACACACACACACACACACAUUAAUCUACUGCCGAUCCAAAAGCUCAAACAGAAUAAGCUAAUUCUUGAAACUGUAACUCUCAGGCAUGCUCCAGUUCUAAAGUCAGUGUGUGCUUGGUUUCUGAAAGCCCUCCUUGCUGUAUGCCUGUCAGCCAUACACUCUAAUGGUGCUGCCAGCCGUCAACUCUGACUCUCAGAGCCAGCUCAACUUUGGGUCUGAGGAUCCCCUAGCAGAGUCCAUGCUGCCUCAGGUAUCAUGGGCAUCAGGAUCGUACAGACUCCAGGAAAGAAACUCUCAGUUGAUUACUGGGAUACAGAAGGGCCUCCAGUCCUUCCAGGGCCUGAGUGGAAUUUUUGACUCUGGUAUUUUCGCCAGAGAAUAAACUUACACUGGAAGCUUCAAUUCACCCUUCACAGUACUUCAGAAAGAACUGCCCUAGGAUUUGUACAUUCAAAUGGUCAUGGAGACAUUGAAGUAGAGUGACUUUUCACCCCAGUGACUUUGGAAGAAAAUCUUUAAUGCCACAUGGAUCAGGACACCGUUGCCAAGAUGCCUGUGAGCGGUGUCCACUGGUGAAAAGGGGCAUUUUGUACUUAAGUAAGAAAAAUAAAUUUCUGAUUGAUUCUAGUUGUCAUCUGCAUAUAUUUGGGGGGCCCCUCCUCAUUGCUGCUAUCCAGCACAUGGAUCCGUGCUUGUGUCUGAUAUGUUUAAUAAAGGGAGCCUUAUUUUAG